UUUUCGAACUGGCUGGGGUCGUCGAAUGCCAAGAAUUCUGAACCUGACAGACUUGGGUCUGGCUGGGGGGCCGUUCACUACAUGAUACUUGCUGCAGAACAGACUGGCCAUACCCCCGAAAAUUCUUCCGACAUCCCUACAUAGGUAGAGGAGGGUGGCCACUUCUUACCUCAGUGGUGGUCUAGAGGUCCAUGGUUGAUAGCAGCUGGUGCAGCUGCCAGUGGUCGCGAGGCGCCGGAAGCGCCAGUCAAGUCAAGUCAAGUGGUCAUGCAUGCAAGAGCUUGAAGUUGAAGUUGCCUAAGAAAGCACAGCUUGAAAUGGGUGAAUGGGCGCAAAAGAGCCGCUUUUAGACUCUCCUCAGGCGUUCAAAUUGGUGCCGAAAGAUUGGUGCACCUUCUGGGCACAGUGUGUAUGCUGAGGGGGAUCCCAGGAGGGUAGCUAAUGGUGUGAUACACAAUGGCAAUUCCCCCGACAGAGCGAAGAAUUGCAAUUAGCGUCGACCUUUCUGAAGAGAGUUCUUAUGCAUUGCAGUGGGCCGUGGAGAACUACUUGAGGAAGACUGAUAAGGUGAUAGUGCUCCAUGUCCAACCUACCAGUGGCCUGUAUGGAGCUGAUUGGGGACCGCAGUACCCAGGGCGGAGAGGGCAUACGGAGGAGACUGAGAAGGAGUUUGAUGCACUGACUUUGGGCAAGGCGGAGGAGCUGAGCAAACCCCUGAAGGAUGCGGGGAUAAGCUACCGGAUACAUAUUGUAAAGGACCACGACAUGAAGGAGCGCAUCUGCCUGGAGAUGGAGCGCCUCGGCUGCCACGCGGUCGUGAUGGGCAGCAAGGGCUUCGGCGCCACGCGCCGCGCCUCUCGCCGCGAUGCGCGCAUGGGCAGCGUCAGCGACUACUGCGUGCAUCACUGCGGCGUGCCGAUCGUGGUGGUCCGCCUGCCCGGGACUGAAGCACCUCCGGUGGCGGAGCGGAAGGAUAUGACGGGGCACGAGCAUGAUAAGCAGGGUGGUAUUACGCCGAUAGGAGAGGAGCCGGCCGAGGUUGGUCCACUGAGAAGAAGUGUGGAGUAGUGUAUCUAGUGUAUGUUUUGUUGGCAGUCUCGGCGAAUGAAGGGCGGAAGGAUGUUUGCGCAAGCAGUCUUCGCAGGCCCUUGCAAUGCAGAAGGACAGUGUUUUCUAAGGAGAGUCACUAUGUACAUCCCGGGCGGCCUUAGAUGCAGGUAAAAUAUUCCAGGGGCCGCCAUCAUAGGCAUCACAGAGCCUCCAGUAAAGAGGUCAGUGCGACUGCUUAAGCGGCUCUGUAUCAUGAGCAACUUAACUUGUGCAUUAGUAUAGGUGCCAGGCUACAAAACUCCACGCUUUAAUAGCAUACAAACAGGUUUUGAAGCUUAGCCGCAUGCCUAGUCAAUUUGAUUCCAAUCAGUUUGUCGCCAACAUCUCAGUGGCAUGAGCAACUGAGGUGAUAUUGCCGCGUCCAACGAUCC